UCCCUUUUCCGCCUUCUCCUUGCACCCUGCCCCCCCCCCGCCGCCUUCCUCCUCCGCUCCGCACCCCCUUCCUCCUCCUCUCCCUCCCCCCUCCGCCGCCGCCGCCGCCGCCGCCACUUUCUCGCUCGCUCCCGCUCCCCGGACGCGGCGGAUGAGCCGGCCCCGCUGGGGAAGGGCUCGGGGCGGCGGCGGGCGGCCGGGAGGAGGCUGCGUGCUCGGGGCUGGGGCUGCGAGCGGGGUGAUUUUGUAUUAAAAUGAGGAGGAGGAAGAAGCGGCAGCCACAGCGGCGGCGGCGGCAGCAGCGGCAGCAGCAGCGGCGGCAGGAGCAGCGGCGUAGAGGGCUGCAGCCCGGGCGGACGCGCGGAGCCGAGCUGGGCACGGCGGCGGCGGCGACAGCGGCCGGGAUGAGUCAACUAAUAAUUUAAUGGGGGCAGAGACGGCAGCGCGGGGGAGAGCGAGCGAGCGAGAGCGAGAGCGAGCGAGCGAGCCAGAGCGAGAGCAGCAGCCCCGUCCGGGGACUCGCGCUCACACGCACGCACACACACAAACACACACACACACACCUCUCCCUGUGCCACCCAGCAACAACCGGCCUCGUCACAACAACAGCAACAGCCGCCCUCUAGCCCGGCCCGGGGACCGAGCCUGAAGCCGGGGCGACUCCAAGGGACGCUUCCCACCCCUCCUCUUGCAUUUCGGGAAACUCCUCAUCAGUUUUGUUGGGGUUUCUGGGCUUCUUUUUCCCCCCUAAGUCCCAGUGCCAUUGUGGUGCUCGUUGUUUACCUCGGACUCGGGCUGAGUGAGAGCUCGGCGACUUUUUGGGGGGAGGGGGCGGGGAGUUCGUCGCUGCCGAGGCGGUGGAGGUGGCUGGGGGGGUGCCUUCAGAUUCCCUCCCCCUCCCCCCAGACCCUCUUUCUCUCUCUCUCUCUCUCUCUCUCUCUCUCUCUACUCACUCGGCUCCCCAGGCGCUCGCAGCCCCGCGUCAAUGGGCUGGGAGAGGGUCCUCGGGGCUGCUAUCAGCGAGGGCCGAGUCAAAAGUGGCAUUUCAGUGCCUUUCCGGGGCUCUUUCCGCGACCUUCUGCCCCCCACCCUCGCUGUUCCCCGGUAGAUGCCCUCCUUGGGGGUGCGAGGCUGUGGGAAGAAAGUUUAAGGUUUGUUAAUAACCAGUCGAAAUUGUUGGGGAGGGGGUGGGGGCCGUUGGAAGGGAGGCGAGGUGGCCUUCCCCUCCCCGCGUUCUCCGGGGUUAUUGGAAAAUAAUACUGCAAGUGACAGCCAGAAGUAGACUUUCUGUCCUCACACCCAAGAACCAGAGCGAGCGGGAGGGAGGGAGGGAGGGGAGAGAGGGGACCUUUUUUUUUUUUUUUUUUUUUUUUCCUUUUUGGAGACCUUGUCCGCAGUGGGUUUUUUUUUUUUUUUUUCUUUCCUUUUUAAGAGAAUCCUCAGUCACCACCUCGCCUCCCCAGCACCACCACAGUGCACGGCUCAUAACGGGUUUUGCUUUGUUUUUACGAUUUUCCCCCCAACGAAUCACUUGUCAGAUCAAUUUUAUCUUCUCCCUCCUCCCUACUUCCCACUCUCCCCUCCUCCCCCAUCGAAAACCCCGUUCUCCGAGGUUAGACAUUUUACAAACCAUAUAUGUUGUUUUUCGAAUUCUGAUUUUUUUUUUUUAACCCCCCUCUCCCAUGGCUACUCUUCUAGACGUUUAUUUCUGCCCUUCCCCCGCUUAGGGGGGCGGGGGUAGGGGAAGAGAAAAUAAUACAAUUUCAGGGGAAGUCGCCUUCAGGUCUGCUGCUUUUUUUUUUUUUUUAAUUAAAAAAAAAAAAAGGACAUAGAAAACAUCAGUCUUGAACUUCUCUUCAAGAACCCGGGCUGCAAAGGAAAUCUCCUUUGUUUUUGUUAUUUAUAUGCUGUCAAGUUUUGAAGUGGUGAGUUUCAGGUGAUCUUUAGAGGGUAACUGAGUAUGGAUCAUUUGAACGAGGCAACUCAGGGGAAAGAACAUUCAGAAAUGUCUAACAAUGUGAGUGAUCCGAAGGGUCCACCAGCCAAGAUUGCCCGCCUGGAGCAGAACGGGAGCCCGCUAGGAAGAGGAAGGCUUGGGAGCACAGGUGCAAAAAUGCAGGGAGUGCCUUUAAAACACUCGGGCCAUCUGAUGAAAACCAACCUUAGGAAAGGAACCAUGCUACCAGUUUUCUGCGUGGUGGAACAUUAUGAAAAUGCCAUUGAAUAUGACUGCAAGGAGGAGCAUGCGGAAUUUGUGUUGGUGAGAAAGGAUAUGCUUUUCAACCAGCUGAUAGAAAUGGCAUUGCUGUCUCUGGGUUAUUCGCAUAGCUCUGCUGCCCAGGCCAAAGGGCUAAUCCAGGUCGGAAAGUGGAAUCCAGUGCCACUAUCUUAUGUGACAGACGCCCCUGAUGCUACGGUAGCAGAUAUGCUUCAAGACGUGUAUCAUGUGGUCACAUUGAAAAUUCAGUUACACAGUUGCCCCAAACUAGAAGACUUGCCUCCCGAACAAUGGUCGCACACCACAGUAAGGAAUGCUCUGAAGGACUUACUGAAAGAUAUGAAUCAGAGUUCGUUGGCCAAGGAGUGCCCCCUUUCACAGAGUAUGAUUUCUUCCAUUGUGAACAGCACUUACUAUGCAAAUGUCUCAGCAGCAAAAUGUCAAGAAUUUGGAAGGUGGUACAAACAUUUCAAGAAGACAAAAGAUAUGAUGGUCGAAAUGGAUAGUCUUUCUGAACUAUCCCAGCAAGGUGCCAAUCACGUCAACUUUGGCCAGCAGCCUGUCCCAGGGAACACAGCUGAGCAGCCUCCGUCCCCCGCGCAGCUCUCCCAUGGCAACCAGCCCUCUGUCCGGACCCCUCUACCGAACCUGCACCCUGGGCUUGUGUCAACGCCCAUCAGUCCUCAAUUGGUCAACCAGCAGCUGGUGAUGGCUCAGCUGCUGAACCAGCAGUAUGCAGUGAAUAGACUUUUAGCCCAGCAGUCCUUAAACCAACAAUACUUGAACCACCCUCCCCCUGUCAGUAGAUCUAUGAAUAAGCCUUUGGAGCAACAGGUUUCAACCAACACAGAGGUGUCUUCCGAAAUCUACCAGUGGGUACGUGAUGAACUGAAACGAGCAGGAAUCUCCCAGGCAGUAUUUGCACGUGUGGCUUUUAACAGAACUCAGGGCUUGCUUUCAGAAAUCCUCCGAAAGGAAGAGGACCCCAAGACUGCAUCCCAGUCUUUGCUGGUAAACCUUCGGGCUAUGCAGAAUUUCUUGCAGUUACCAGAAGCUGAAAGAGAUCGAAUUUACCAGGAUGAAAGGGAAAGGAGCUUGAAUGCUGCCUCGGCUAUGGGUCCAGCCCCCCUGAUAAGCACACCGCCCAGCCGCCCUCCCCAGGUGAAAACAGCUACGAUUGCCACUGAGAGGAAUGGGAAACCAGAGAACAAUACCAUGAACAUUAAUGCUUCCAUUUAUGAUGAGAUUCAGCAGGAAAUGAAGCGCGCUAAAGUGUCCCAAGCACUGUUUGCAAAGGUUGCCGCAACCAAAAGCCAGGGGUGGUUGUGUGAGCUGUUACGCUGGAAAGAAGAUCCCUCUCCAGAAAACAGGACUCUGUGGGAGAACCUCUCCAUGAUCCGAAGGUUCCUCAGUCUUCCUCAGCCAGAACGUGAUGCCAUUUAUGAACAGGAGAGCAACGCGGUGCAUCACCAUGGCGACAGGCCGCCCCACAUUAUCCAUGUUCCAGCAGAGCAGAUUCAGAGCCCCUCUCCCACCACCCUUGGGAAAGGAGAGUCUAGAGGCGUUUUCUUACCAGGCCUGCUGACCCCUGCACCAUGGCUCGGUGCUGCUCCUCAGCAGCAGCCGCAGGCGCAGGCGCAGCAGCAGCCGGCGCCGCCACCCCCGCAGGCGCAGGCGCAGCAGCCGGCCGGGCCCCGGCUCCCCCCGCGGCAGCCCACGGUGGCCUCGCCCGCAGAGGCCGAGGACGAGAACCGGCAGAAGACCCGGCCGCGGACGAAAAUUUCCGUGGAAGCCCUGGGCAUCCUCCAGAGUUUCAUCCAAGACGUGGGCCUGUACCCGGACGAAGAGGCCAUCCAGACUCUGUCCGCGCAACUUGACCUUCCCAAGUACACCAUCAUCAAGUUCUUUCAGAACCAGCGGUAUUAUCUCAAGCACCACGGCAAACUGAAGGACAACUCCGGCUUAGAGGUGGAUGUGGCCGAAUACAAGGAAGAGGAGUUGCUUAAGGAUUUGGAAGAGAGUGCCCAAGACAAAAAUGCUAACACCCUUUUCUCGGUGAAGCUAGAAGAAGAGCUGUCGGUGGAAGGAAACACAGACAUUAACACUGACUUGAAAGACUGAGAUCAAAGUAUUAUUUUCAUUCAACAGUGCCACUGGUAUUUACUAACGACAUGAGAAGUCCACCUUGUAUUCUCUCAGAAAACCUUUGUUGUUCAUGGUUUGGCCAAUGAAUCUUCAGAAACUUGCACAAACAGGAAAGUUGAGAAAGGAUAAUACAGACUGCACUAAAUGUUUUACUCUGUUUUACAAACUGCUUGGCAGCCCCAGGUGAAGCAUCGAGGAUUGUUUGGUAUUUAAAAUUAAAAUUUGUGUUCACGGGUCGCAUCGAGGUGCAUACCCGUAAGCAUGAUACCAGUGAUAUCUUUUUUUUUUU